CAUUUUUAGUGCAUGGUUUGAACUUUUGAAACCUCCUUUCCCUCUUCAGUCCUUCACCGUCCCUCCCCCCCCUCCCCGGCCACUCCCAAUCCCUAAUAAUUCUCCAAUGUCCAAGAAGAAAAUCCCACCAGAAAGCGAACCCGGCGGCGAUGGCAGCGCCGGCCGACGCCCUAACCCACCAAACCCCUCUCCGAAGGUCUCCCCGAUUCCAUCCCCAGAAGAACGACGAUCCAAUUUCCAAGAGCAACCCCAGCUCCAAUCUUCUCCUUUCUCGCCGGAUUCGAAGCAGACCCAGAAGAAAUCCUCCGGGAUCGCUCAAGUCCCGGCAAAUCUCGGUGCCGGCACGGCCGAAUGCGUCCCAGAGCCGGAGACGGUCCCCGAGAUUAGCCUCCAAUUCGGCCGAGGUCACGAAGAAAGAUGCCGAUUUCUCGCAGAGCCGGAGGAGGUCUCCGAGGUUUGCCUCCCAAUUCGGCCGAGGUCACGAAGAAGAUGCCGAUUCUCGCAGAGCCGGAGGAGGUCUCCGAGGUUUGCCUCCAAUUCGGCGAGUCACGAAGAAAGAUGCCAUUUCUCGCAGAGCCGGAGGAGUCUCCGAGGUUUGCCUCUGAUCUGGCUGAUGUUAUGAAGAAAGAUGGAGCUUUCGUUGUCAAACCGAGCGGUCUGGGAGAUUGAUGGCUUCUCCGAGGUUGCACCAAAGGGUUGCUGUUGAUUGGACGGGGGACGAGAAUAGUGAUCGAGAGAGGGGAGAGGGAGAAGAAGAGGAGAAAGAGAGUGGAGAAUGUUGAAGCGGAGAUGGAGACAGGAAGAAGCGAGGUGGAGGAAUGUUGCGGCUUCGAGGCUUGGACGAGAGAGCAGGAGGCGGCGUUGCGGAGGGCUUUACUUUUGGCGAGGCCAUCACCGCAUUUCUGGAAGAAGGUGUCCAAAAUGGUGCCAGGAAAGACUGCACAGGAAUGCUUCAACAGAAUCCAUGCUGACCUCGGAACCCCAACUCAACCUCAACCUCGUUCAAGGGCAAAUAAAUUGAAUUUUUCUCCUGUAGGCAGUUUUACUUCGUCAGGAAGUAAAAUGAAAGAACUUAUGGUGACAAAAAUGAGAAGAGUUAGAAGUAGUAAACAGAAGAGUCUUAUUGCACGGAAGACAGCAAGGCAUUUGCUAAGGAAGCACUGCCUCACUGAUCGAAGCCAGGAAGCAGAUCAUUUCUCAAAUUUUGAAACUUCACCAAAUUCUGAGAUUAUGUCACCUGAAACAACUGAUUGCAUAACCAAUCCCUCCAUUUUUCUCCAAAAUUGCAAUGAGAGAUCUUCAUCAUCUCAUAAAAGAAUGCUCUCAAGAUUCAGGACCAGCCAGGCUGAUCCAAGUCCUGAAGUUCUGAAGCAGAUAAAGAACAUAGCUCUGCAUGAGAAGUACAUUGAUCACCUUCACUGUAGAGAUGCAAGGAGAAGAACGUGCACCAAGACUGCAAUCCCUGUUGCCGAUAGGUGUAAGAAGACCACCAGUAAGUUGGAAAUUGGAGCUCUCAAAGCUGCAAGGACUGCUCUCAUCUCUGAGGCAAGAGAUUAUAUCAGCCAUUUUCAACAAAUGCAGGCUAAUUUCUUGGAAAACCAUGAAGUUUUGACACUGAUGACGAAAAUGCUGACGCUGAUGAUUAUGUUGAUGAUGAUGAUGAUGAUGAUGAUGAUAAACGAAUAUAAUGAGCAAGCAGCCAUGACAAUGUCACCUCCAAAGUGAAAAUUUCUUUGAUUGCCUUUGUUGAUGAGAGAGAAGUUAUACUCAUUUUUCCAUUAAUGGAAUAGGCCACAGCGGUCUGUUAUACCUGCUACUAUCAAAAACCUGUUGAGACGGUUGUAUGCCUUUGUAAUUUUUAGAAGAUAAAUGCAAUUGCUUCCAUGUCUAUUUGAUUAACCAACAAAAAAAA